AUGGGAGGAUUUUCAAAACGCCGUAAAGUUUCUAAACCCACAGCCAAGACUACAAAAAAUCAUUCAAAAGUUAGGCGCAUCAGCAAGCUGUAUUGCUGCAUAUGCAAUAAGGAGCCGAAUAGUGGUUUGCUUCACCUUUCUACGCUCAUAGAUGCAGAGAGUUCAUUGUCGAUAGCGACAAUUGUCGAGCAAGUUGCCUGUAUUAAGGUUAAGUAUGUUAAGCAAAGUAUUUGCAAUAACUGUUGGAACAAGAUACAAGCGGCCUAUACAAUACAGAAAGAGAUUCGUGAUUCCGGGUGCUUGCUCAAACAAGAACAAGAGGACGAGGAUAGCGAGGAUAGUCAAAUAGCACAGGAAGAAAACGUAUUGUACGAACAGUACCGUAUGCUAGAAGUAAUAGGGGAACGUUGCUGUGGCUGUAGCUUUGUCGCGCAGAACCGUAAACAACUUUUGCAGCAUUCGGGAACGAUACACGCUGUCGAUAUCGUCGACUGUGGUGAUUAUUGUCCGAUUUGUUUCUACAAAUUUUCUACUGACAAGCAGUUGGAACGACAUAUACAAGAAUUUAAGUCCAGCAAGAUUUACGUGUGCUUGCGAUGUAAUCAAUUUUACAAUCUGCGAGGACAGCUGUUUAAUCAUUUGCUGAAAUGCACCCACACGGAUUCUAAAGAAGUUUUGGACCCUGAUGAUGCUGCAGAUGAUAGUAAUGGAAGUAAUGAUGGUGACGAAGACUAUUUGGAGGAAUACUGUAACGAAGAUCCAGCGGAAACGUUCGAAACAGAUGAGUCCACUACACAGCCCGAUAAUGAUCAAUCUUUGAACGCAACGGAUCCGCGUAUAAUGCACCGUUACCGGGUGCAGUUCGAGGAAAUAUUAUCUAGCGAAACUAUUUCAUAUGAACUAGAUGAGGCUGGACUAAAUGUGCAAGACAUAUAUAUUGCAUCGCAGCGCACGUUCGAUACUUUCAAGUAUGUACGUCUCCGAGGGUUGAGAUGCUGUGGCUGUUCCUACACGUCCUUCUCGAACCCGCUGUUUGUGGAGCAUGGUAAAAAAUUUCAUCCAAUUGAGGAAAAUGUUGUAGACGAUCGAACAUGCAGUUUAUGUGCAGUGCGUUUUAGCGACGAAAUGGAACUUGUGAAGCAUCUCUGCUUCUUCACCAGCCGGCAACUUUUCUUUUGUACGGUUUGCAAUGAAUCGUUUUUGAAUAAGGAGAGUUUGUGUUACCAUCAGACACAUAACGAACGACACCGUGAGUUACAGAUUGAUAAAUUGCACCAAGCCGGUAUUGAAAUGAUAGGAUCGACGGCUUUUGUUGAACUUGAACAACCCGAUGUGGUAGAGCAGCUGGAAAAACUGUUGGCCGAAAAAGUUACCUACCGGUCGAAGAUCGUCCGGUGCAUUCCUAUGCCAGAUGCACGAUUUAUUACGGGAGAAACAGAGUAUAAUAACUACAUUAUGUUGAGUGUACGCGGAGUUUGUUGUUGCGGUUGUCGCAAAUAUUUUGAAAAUCUUACCGAGCUUAAGCUGCAUUCCAAGAUGGAGCAUUACUUGCCGUUCGAGUCGAGUGGGCAAAAUUGCGGUCAACAGUGUGAGAUAUGUUACGCAACGUUUGAUUUUGAACGUGGUCUAACGUUGCACAAGUUAAUCCGUCGUGCUAAGAAGCAUUUGUUCAUCUGCAAACUUUGUGGAUUGUUAUUUUCAAAAAAGUUUUGCUUAGCGAAGCAUUUGAAAACAGCUCCGAAUCAUCUCUCGCGCCUAAUUGUAGAUGCCAAUAAUAGCAUUGACCGCAAUUUGGAGAGUGAUGAACGUGUGGACAAUCCAGAAGCAACUGUUGCAGAAUCUGAUCCGCGAGUACUGGAAGCGUUGCAACUGCAUCGUUCGGUUGAGGAAGCCGGGCUAGAUAAAGUCGGCCAUCUGGUGUGGUAUCAUUGCUGUUUUUCAAAGUGUAAGGUUACAUUUACGGAUGAGGAAUCUCUGUUGGAGCACGCACGGGAAGAGCACAAUGGACAGCGAAGGGAAAAUGAAAAUGAGCGUAACAUGGAUACGAAUGUAUGUCCUGGUUGCUGUAAACCAUUCCAAACGCUUGCAAAGUUGAUGUGGCAUAGAUUUCAGCGGUUCGUGCCACGGGAAUAUAGUUGUAAGCAGUGUGAUAAAAAAUUUGAUAGAUGGCCCAAAUUGAAGAUACACGUCGGGACUGUUCAUGAGGGAAGACCACCAAACUUCGUGUGUCCACAGUGCAAUAAAUCAUUUCAAGUUCGUUCUCGGUUGAAGGCUCAUAUGCAGACACAUGAGAAAAAAGAGUACGUUUGCGACGUCUGUGGAGAUUCGUUCGGAGCCAAAGGGCUCUUGAAGCGCCAUCGACGAGCGCUUCAUUCAACAGAGCUGUUGUUUGAGUGUAAGCUUUGCGGCAAGAAAUUUGCUGUAUCCGAGAAACUCAAGAUUCAUCAGCGAGUGCACACCGGAGAACGCCCGUUUGAGUGCUCAUACUGUCAUCGAACGUUUUCUCAUUUUAUCGAUCGAAAGCGACAUGAAAUGUCGGCGCAUACAGGCGAAAGGCCAUUUAAAUGCAAUUUAUGUCCGGUAUCGUACAUUCGCAAAAGAGAGCUCUCUUUGCAUAUGCAGAAACAUAACGUGGAAGAAAAGACUUCUGAACGAUAG